AUGAAUUCAUCGACAAAUAAUAAUAAUAAUACAACUCUUUCACCUUAUUUACUUACACGUUUUCAUCAACAUUUAAAUCAUCUUAAUGAUAUGGCAUUUACACAUACAAAAAUUUUACAAGAAAUUAUUGAAAAACGUUCAAUUGAAUCAAUAACAACAUCAUCAUUAUCAUCACCACAUGGAAGUAUUAGUUCAUCAUCUCCAACAUCAUCAUCAUCAAUAACAAUUGAUUCUAACCAACAACAACGAAAACGUUCAUAUCCAUCUCAUGAUGAUAAUCAUGAAAUUAAAAAUGAAAAUAAACGUCCAAGAAAACAACCGAAACCACAACAACUUGUUAAAAUCGAUCAAAAUCAAAAUGAACAAACUUCUUCCACACCAUCAUCAUCAUCGGAAGAUGAAGAAGAAGAAAUCGGUGAAAUAAAUGAAUCAAUUGAAAAACAAAAUUCUCUUCCAAUUCCAUCUUCAACAAUAUUACCAUUUCCAACUAAUAAUAUCCCAUUUCUUAAUUAUAUACAAGAUCUAGCUCGUACUAAUAAUAUUACAUCACCCAUAGCAAUGGAAAGAUUUGUUGAAAAUCUUCAAAAAGAACUUUUUUCGGUUGCUAUGGAAUCUAAACAUAUUCCUCCGCCUCCACUACCAAUGCCACCAGGACUUUUUCCUCAAACUGUACAUCAUCAUCAUCAUCAUCCAUAUUUUUCCCAAAUACUUUUUAAUAAUUCAUUUGUCAAUCAUUUUCCAUCACCAACAUCAUUAUCUCGUUUUGCUCAUUCAACAUCUGAUAAUCAUCCAUUUCAUUUUUCAACACCAAAAAAACGACGCACUAAAGUAACUGAUACACGUCUAUCACCACGUAUUACAUCUAAAAUUACACCACAAUCAAAUUUUGAUGAUUUAACUGAUGAUGAAAUAAGUUCAUCCGAUGAUAAUCCAACAAAAUCUGAUCAACAAUCUAUCGAAUACAAUGGAUUUCAAAUAAGUAGUCUUCUCUAG